GGAGACACCUGCAUCUCAUUGGCAGACAAGUGCGGCAACCUCACCAUCAGUGACUUCCAGAGCUACAACGGCGCUGGGAACUCUCCGGAUUAUAACGCUACCUUCUGCGGCGCUUUGGACGUCAAUCAAGUUGUCUGCUGUGGAGCGGGAAAUUAUCCUGAUUUCACGCCGAAGCCGAAUCCGGAUGGGACUUGUAUUGAGUGGACGGUCAAGGCGAAUGAUACUUGCACGGAUACUUGGGGGUUUGGAGGCUGCUACUUCCUCCUACCUGGACAAAAGAUCUGCCUUAGCGAGGGAACACCACCAUUCCCAGCACCUGUCGACAACGCACAGUGCGGACCGCAAAUCGAAGGCACCGCUGCGACAACCAAUAUCACCGGAUGGGCCGACUUGAAUCCUUGCCCAAAUAAAGCAUGCUGCAACAAAUGGGCCCAAUGCGGAAUCACCGGCGACUUCUGCAUCCCAGAGCGAGCAUACACCGGUGCUCCGGGUUCUGCACCGCCCGGCAAGAACGGCUGCAUCUCCAACUGUGGCAUGGAAAUCAUCUCCUCGCCCGAACCACCGGCUGUAUUCGAGAAGAUUGGAUACUUCGAGACAUGGAACCAGGAACGUCCAGGUUUACACAUGUGGCCCCGGGACAUCAACUCCAACGGAAGCUACCAGUACACCAUGGUCCAUUACGCUUUCAUGAACAUCAUCGAAGGGUAUGAGAUUUCUGCGGCGCCGUACGAGGACAAUUGGAACGAGUUCCUCAACACGACGGGAUUCAAGAAGAUUGUGACGUUUGGUGGAUGGGCUUUCUCGACGGAGAAUUUCACGUACAAUGUCUUCCGUGAUGGUGUCACUACUGCCGAUCGACAGAAGUUCGCGCAGAACGUCGCUCGGUUUGUGAUUGAUAACAAGCUCGAUGGUGUGGACUUUGAUUGGGAAUACCCAGGUGCACCAGACAUCCCCGGCAUCCCACCAGCUAGCCCGGAGAAUGGCAGAGACUACCUCGAAUUCCUCAAAAUCGUCCGCCAACUCCUCCCAGCCCCCUACACCGUCUCCAUCGCCAUCCCCGCUUCAUACUGGUACCUCAAAGGCUUCCCCAUCGAAGAAAUGGCACCCGUCCUCGACUACAUGGUCGCCAUGACUUACGACCUCCACGGCCAAUGGGACUACGGCAACAACUACUCCCAACCCGGCUGCCCCACCGGCGACUGUCUCCGCUCGCACGUCAACCAGACUGAAACCGAACAGGCCUUGUCUAUGAUCACCAAAGCCGGUGUGCCGUCCAACAAAGUCAUCUUCGGCCAAGCGUUGUACGGUCGCAGUUUCCGCAUGACUACACCGGGUUGCUACACUUCACAGUGCAAGUACACCGGUCCUGAGUCCGGCGCCGCGAAGGGUGUAUACACCGGUACGUCGGGUUACAUCUCCAACUACGAGAUCCGACAGAUCAUCGCCAACGGAACUCGUGCGGGCGCGCUCGAAGGUCGACAAAUCGGCGAGACGCCUUCCACGUACUAUAACGUUCAGGAAUACUACUCGCCCGACAUGGGUAAUGUGCUCGUCUACAACGAUGUGGAGUGGGUUUCUUGGACCGACGAUCGAACGUACAACAACCGCACGGAGUGGGUGCGGGCGCUGAACUUUGGUGGUAUUGUCGACUGGGCGAUGGACUUGAAUGCGACUUAUCCGGAUCGUGCGGUGGCUGCGCCG